AUGAGGAUAGAAGGAGAAAAAGGUGUGAAAACACAAUCCGCGCCAAACAUUGGCCGCGGACGCGCAAAAGAAAUUUUGGCCGAGCAAUUCCAACCGGGCCGACCGUUACGGUCGAGCCGGGAAGGAAGCCGUGCUCGGCCGGAUCAUCUAUUGCGCGACAGAAACCGUUCGCGCGGCACGCACGAACCGGGAAAGAUUCAGGCCGCGAUCGGCCGAAAUUUUCGUAUCGGAACGGACCGACCGUUACGGUCGAUCCGGGAAACAAACGAUCGGCCUCGGCCGAAAUCUCUCGCCAAAACAAAUUUGGCCGACCAAAUCGCUCGACCGCGACAAACCAUCGGCCAUCGGCCCAAACUUUCUCGGCCAAGGUAA